CCGGCUGCCCCGAGUCUCUGCCGCGCGGAGUCGCGGGAGCCGCCCAGUGCGGUCCCGGUCCCCGCCUUGCGCAGACCCCGCUGGGGAUGGGCGGCCGCCGGCGCCUGGGCCUCUGCGCGCUGCUGGCCACGCUGCAGCUUCUGCCCUGGACGCUGGCCGUGGAGCCUGUGGAUGUCUUGGAGAUUCUAGGUUUGCGUGGGGACCAGGCUGGGACCCCCAAAACACCUGGCCUGUGUCCCCACCGAGUUCCAGAGGGUGACCAGGCAUUCCGAGUGGGCAAGGCCGGCGUGCUCAGUGUCCCCACCCUGGAGCUCUUCCCGGAUGGGCGAUUUCCUGAGAACUUCUCGGUGCUGACCUCUCUGCGGGUGCAGUCCACUGGCCGCUUCGUUCUUCUAUCUGUUUAUGAUGAGAAGGGCACCCGGCAUUUGGGGCUGGCACUGGGGCCAGUGCUGGGCCUCGUGGGGGCCUCCUGGCAUCCCUCCCCUCUCCCCUUCAACCUCACUGACGGCAGGUGGCACCGCUUUGCGGUCAGCGUGGAUGGCGACGUGGCCACGUGGGUCAUUGACUGUGAACGUCAGCCACCCAUGUUGGGACAAGGGCCUGGGUUCAUCAGUACGGCGGGACGCACUGUGUUGGGGACCUGGGAGUUUCAGGAAGAGAGUUUUGAGGGGGACAUCCAGGAGCUUCUCAUAAUCCCAGAUCCCCAAGCUGCCUUUCGGGCCUGCAAGCAGUACCUCCCUGGCUGUGAACACGUGGAUCCCAUAACCACAGGAACCCCCUGGGAUGAACCAGACACCCCCACCCCUCCUCCUCGACGCAAGGGGAAGGGGAAAGGGAAGAAGAAAGGCCGUGGUCGCAAGGGGAAGGGCAGAAAGAAAAACAAGAAAACCUCACCCCUAAGUUUGCCCCCCGCUGAUGCCCUGGAGAAGCAGAUUUCUGAUGCUCACUCGCUCCAGACCUCUGAUGCUGUCUCCACCAUCCAGACAGCAAGGCCAACCAUGUCACCAACUGCUGUGCCUGGGGUUGUCACCACCACUGUGAGCAUUGGCUACAAUGUCACCGUCUUCCAGGAGGGGAAGGAUCCUGGCAGUGGAAGCGAGCUGAGGACCCCUGAGAUUGACACAGCUGAGGAGGAUGAAAUGGGAGGGCGUCCGACUAUGGGUCCUGAAUUUCGAGCAGCCGAACAGCCAUCCAGGACGGAGUUCCAGAUCUUUCCUGGCACUGGAGAGAAGGGAGCAAAAGGAGAACCAGCUGUGGUAGAACAGGGACAGCGAUUUGAGGGGCCUCCAGGAGCCCCAGGACCACGAGGGGUGGCUGGUCCCUCAGGACCUCCUGGCCCCCCAGGAUUUCCAGGGGACCGCGGUCUUCCGGGCCCUGCUGGCCUUCCAGGGAUUCCUGGCAUUGAUGGGGUUCGGGGCCCACCAGGCACUGUGAUCAUGAUGCCGUUCCAGUUUGCAAGUGGUUCCCUCAAAGGACCUCCAGUCUCUUUCCAGCAGGCCCAGGCCCAAGCAGUACUGCAACAGGCUCAGCUCUCCAUGAAAGGACCCCCUGGCCCUGUGGGGCUCACUGGGCGCCCAGGCCCUGUGGGUCUCCCUGGCUAUCCAGGUCUGAAAGGGGACUCGGGAGAAGCAGGGCCACAGGGUCCCCGAGGACUGCAGGGCCCCCCUGGGCCUCCAGGCCGAGAGGGAAAGAUGGGCCGCUCUGGAGCAGAUGGGGCCCGGGGCCUCCCGGGAGACACAGGACCUAAGGGUGAUCGGGGUUUCGAUGGCCUGCCAGGGCUGCCUGGUGAGAAAGGCCAGAGGGGUGACUCUGGCCACGUGGGACAGCCUGGUCCCCCAGGAGAGGAUGGAGCAAAGGGAGCAGAGGGACCUCCAGGGCCCACUGGCCCCGCCGGGGAGCCGGGUCCCCGAGGUCUGAUUGGCCCCAGAGGCUCCCCCGGUCCCCUGGGACGCCCGGGCAUCACCGGAAGCGAUGGGGCCCCAGGUGCCAAAGGCAAUGUGGGACCUCCGGGAGAGCCGGGCCCCCCAGGACAACAGGGAAACCAUGGGUCCCAGGGGAUCCCUGGCCCCCAGGGACCCAUUGGCACUCCUGGGGAGAAGGGCCCCCCUGGAAAUCCAGGAAUUCCGGGUGUCCCCGGAGCUGAUGGCCCUCCGGGCCACCCAGGCCACGAGGGUCCUGCAGGAGAGAAAGGGGUUCAGGGUUCUCCGGGGUCAGCAGGGCCCCCAGGCUACCCAGGACCUCGGGGCAUUAAGGGCACUUCUGGCAAUCGAGGCCUCCAAGGUGAAAAAGGAGAAAGGGGCAAUGAUGGCUUUUCUGGCUUCAAAGGUGAUGGAGGGCUGAAAGGCGAUCGGGGGCAGCCGGGACCCCCUGGUCCUCGGGGAGAGGAUGGGCCUGAGGGUCCCAAGGGGCCUGGGGGCCUGGUGGGUGAAGAGGGUGCUCCAGGACCAGCUGGAGAAAAGGGCAAACUUGGGGUGCCUGGUCUCCCUGGCUACCCAGGACGCCCUGGACCUAAGGGAUCGAUUGGGUUUCCUGGUCCCCUGGGACCAUUAGGAGAGAAAGGAAAGCGGGGCAAAGCAGGACAGCCAGGCCUCGAAGGAGAGCGGGGACCUCCAGGCUCCCGAGGAGAGAGGGGGCAGCCUGGGGCCACAGGACAACCAGGCCCCAAGGGUGAUGUGGGUCAGGAUGGGUCCACUGGAGUUCCUGGAGACAAGGGCCUCCCUGGUCUGCAAGGCCCCCCAGGAUUCCCUGGGCCAAAGGGGCCCCCUGGUCCUCAAGGAAAAGAUGGGGUAUCGGGGCACCCUGGGCCGAGAGGAGAGUUGGGAUUCCAAGGUCAGACAGGCCCCCCUGGACCCGCUGGUGUUCUGGGCCCACAGGGAAAGGUCGGGGAUGCAGGGCCUCUGGGUGAGAGGGGUCCCCCGGGCCCCCCGGGACCUCCUGGGGAGCAGGGCCUCCCAGGCCUGGAAGGCAGAGAGGGCGCCAAGGGAGAACUCGGACCCCUCGGGCCUCUUGGAAAGGAGGGGCCGCCUGGACCCACAGGCCUUCCUGGUUCCCAAGGGGCCCCCGGGGACCCGGGACCCACUGGUUUGAAGGGUGACAAGGGCCCCCUUGGUCCCAUUGGGGCUAAUGGCUCCCCCGGUGAGCGGGGCCCUGUGGGCCCAACUGGAGGCAUUGGGCUUCCUGGCCAGAGUGGAGGUGAAGGCCCGAUGGGUCCGGCAGGAGAGAAGGGGUCCCCGGGAGAACGUGGCUCCCCUGGUCCCACUGGCAAAGAUGGUGUGCCGGGACCCCUGGGGCUCCAGGGCCCCCCUGGAGCUGCCGGGCCUUCUGGCGAGGAAGGGGACAAGGGAGAAGUGGGUGCCCCUGGUCACAAAGGGAGCAGAGGGGACAAGGGAGAUGCGGGCCCGCCAGGACCAGCAGGAAUUCGGGGUCCUGUGGGACACCCAGGCCCCCCGGGGGCUGACGGGGCCCAGGGACGUCGGGGACCCCCAGGCCUCUUUGGGCAGAAAGGAAAUGAAGGAGUCAGGGGCUUUGUGGGUGUGAUUGGCCCUCAAGGUUUGCAGGGACUGCCAGGCCCUCCAGGAGAGAAAGGGGAGGUCGGAGAUGUGGGAUCCAUGGGUCCCAAUGGGCCUCCCGGGCCUCGGGGUCCUCAUGGCCCCAGCGGAUCUGAGGGCCCCCCGGGGCUGCCUGGAGGACUUGGCCAGCCGGGCUCCGUGGGCACGAAGGGUGAGCAGGGUGAGGCAGGAGACCCAGGCCUCCCAGGACCCCCUGGCAUUCCAGGUCCCAAAGGGGAAGUUGGUGAAAAGGGGGACUCAGGUCCAUCGGGGGCUGCUGGACCCCCAGGCAAGAAAGGACUGCCUGGAGAAGAUGGCUCUAAAGGAAGCAUGGGUCCCACAGGGCUUCCCGGAGAUUUGGGGCCCCCAGGAGAUCCUGGGGUUCCAGGCAUUGAUGGCCACCCUGGGGAGAAGGGAGACUCAGGAGAUGUUGGGGGACCGGGGCCUCCAGGAGCUUCUGGGGAGCCUGGUGCUCGGGGGCCUCCAGGCAAAAGGGGUCCUCCUGGCCGCAUGGGUCCAGAAGGAAGAGAAGGAGAGAGGGGUGCCAAGGGAGACCCAGGGCCUGACGGACCCCCAGGACGGACAGGCCCAAUGGGGGCUCGUGGGUCCCCUGGACAUAUUGGGCCUGAGGGUCUUCCAGGAAUUCCUGGCCCUGUGGGUGAGCCAGGCCUCCUGGGAUCCCCGGGGCUAAUGGGCCCUCCAGGCCCUCUGGGGCCUUCUGGCCUUCCAGGGCUAAAGGGAGACUCAGGCCCCAAGGGGGAGAAGGGCCAUAUUGGAUUGAUUGGCCUCAUCGGCCCCCCGGGGGAGGCUGGUGAGAAGGGGGACCGCGGGUUGCCAGGCGUGCAGGGCCCUCCAGGCCCCCAGGGAGAUCCUGGUUCCCCUGGACCCAUUGGCUCUUUGGGCCAUCCUGGAGCCCCAGGUGUGGCAGGACCUCUGGGACAGAAAGGCUCUAAAGGGUCCCCGGGCUCCCUUGGUCCCCGUGGAGACACUGGACCUGCAGGUCCUCCUGGCCCCCCAGGUCCCCCUGCUGAGCUGCACCGGCGGCUUCGGCGUCAUGCGGCCCAGGGCUUCCCGGAGAGCGGCCUGGAGGAGGUGCUGGCUUCUCUCAACUCUCUGAGCCUGGAGGUGGCGCAGCUGCAGCGCCCUCUGGGCACCGCCGAGCGCCCAGGCCUGAUGUGCCACGAGCUCCACCGCAACCACCCUCACCUGCCCGAUGGGGAGUACUGGAUUGACCCCAAUCAGGGCUGCGCGCGGGAUGCGUUCCGGGUUUUCUGCAACUUCACGGCAGGAGGAGAGACCUGCCUCUAUCCCGACAAGAAGUUCGAGACCGUGAAACUGGCCUCCUGGUCCAAGGAGAAGCCUGGAAACUGGUAUAGCACCUUCCGGCGAGGGAAGAAGUUCUCAUAUGUGGAUGCCGAUGGAGCCCCGGUAAACGUGGUACAGUUGACCUUCCUGAAACUCCUGAGUGCUACGGCUCACCAACGCUUUACCUACACGUGCCAGAACUCGGUUGCCUGGCUGGACGAAGCCAUGGGUGACCAUCGCCGCUCCCUCCGCUUCCUGGGGACCAACAGAGAGCAGCUGUCCUUCAAUCAGACAGCCACAGCCACCAUCAGGGUGCCCCAUGAUGGCUGCCGACUUCGGAAAGGACAGGCGAGGACCAUCUUGGAACUCAGUUCUUCUCCAGUGGGUUUCCUGCCCUUGUGGGAUGUCGCCGCCAUGGACAUUGGCCAGACCAAUCAGAAAUUCGGGUUUGAACUUGGGCCUGUGUGCUUUAGCAGCUGAAGAUCUUGGGGGUGGGGGUAGGAUGGGAAAGAAGUAAAGUGACGGAUCCCCUCUCAUGGGGUCUUGUGGGGUGCUGUGGCUCUGAAGGCGCCAUAUUUAUUACCUUCUGAGACUAUGGGUCUUGAAGAUGGGUUUCUGCAGGUGUCUUCUCCCUGGCAGCCUGAGGGAUGGAGUCCUCGGGUUUCCCAGGGGUUCUGGGGGCUUAACUGUCUUCUGCCCCUUUCUCCUCUGUAACCUCAUUCACCCCCUUCCCUCCCCGCCCCUGCCCCCCUGCAAAGAGCUUCAAACUCAGAGCUAAGGAAACCCCCAGCCCCAUGCCUGUGCCUCACCCCUCCCAGGUUGCCAACCAAUUCCCUUUGGUGCUACCUUUUGCCAUAGUUAAGCACUGGAUGUCCUCCCCUCCCCUCUCUGGGAGAGCUGUGUGCCCCUUCCCCCUCACCCCUUCUUUCCCAGGCCUCUCUUGCUGCCACCAGGUAGUGUGGGGGCCAAGAUGGCAGGCAUGGAUCAGGAUCCUUCAAAGGUGCUGCCCUAUGAAUCCCUGGGUCUUUUUUUUUUUUUUUUUUUUUUUUUGGUAACCAUCUCUUCUGUGGUUAUAUUUAAUCUACUUCUUCCAUAGAGAAGGCUGGGACAGGGGAGGGAAAAGAGAAGGGAAGGGGAGGAGAUCCCAGGAGAUAUUUCUAGCACAGUCCCCUCCUCCCCACCUCCUCCCCCCAACCUCCCUAGGGAGAAGUCCCAUCUCCAGUGUGAGAAUAAACCAAUGA